GUGACCUCAGCAACAACAAGUUGAUGUUGAUCUCGAGGAAGCUGUUCAGAGGAACUGGGCUGCUCCGCAGUUUGAAUCUUGAAAACAACCAGAUCACCUGCAUCAUUGACGGUGCCUUCAGACCGUUGAGAAUGUUAGAAAGACUUGCACUGAGCAAUAACAACCUGACCACACUGAGUAGCAGCAGCUUCACUCACAUGACAUAUCUCAAGACAUUACGUCUAGCAGGAAAUGACUUGUACUGUGAUUGUUACCUGAGUUGGUUUGCCAGUUGGCUGCGCUUGCAUCCACGGCUUGCCCUGUCCACGCGCUGCUCGCAACCCCGUCAGUUCCGGGGUCUCAAAGUCCCCGAGCUCCAGGUGGCUGACUUCAGGUGCACCGGUGAAGAGGACCACGAGGUCAUGUGCAAGGUCAAGCCUCUGUGUCCGGCUGGCUGUACGUGCAACUCUGAGAACGUUGUGGACUGUCGCGGGAUCGGACUCACCGAACUCCCCAGAACGUUCCCAGAUCGAGCCGUCGAACUUCGGCUGGAGCAGAAUCAGAUAAGAUCUAUCCCAUCCAGAGCUUUCACACAGUACAAGAAGCUGAAGAGAAUAGAUCUGAGCAACAACAUGAUUGAGACCAUCGCCGACGAUGCCUUUGUUGGUCUGAGAGCUCUCUCAUCACUAGUUCUCUAUGGCAACCAGAUCAACGAUCUCCCGGAGGGCAUCUUCCGAGGCCUGACCUCCCUGCAGUUGCUGCUCCUGAACGCCAACCACAUCUCCUGCAUCCGAGUCAAUCUCUUCCAGGAUCUCAUCUCUCUAAACUUGCUGUCCUUGUACGAUAACCAGAUCAUGUCGCUCGCCAACGGAACCCUGGCUCCCCUCCGCAACCUUCAGACCAUGCAUCUUGCCAGGAACCCGCUGAUCUGCGACUGCAACGUCAAGUGGUUGGUGGAAUACCUGGCGGAGAACCCGGUGGAGAAGAGCGGGGCCCGCUGCGAGAACCCCCGCAGGAUGGAGGGCAAGCGACUCAAUCGCAUGAAGAGCAUCAAGUUCAAAUGCAAAGAUGCGGAAUACCAACGCACCAUGCAUGCUGGGGAUUGUUUCAUCGAUUCCGAUUGUCCUGAAUCGUGUAGUUGCAGCGGAACGAUCGUGGACUGCUCGAACCGAGGGUUCCACUCUGUACCUGACAACAUACCCACGUACACGACUGAGCUACUCCUGAAUGACAAUGACAUAUCCCGCAUUUCUGCUGGUGGAAAGUUUCUCAACUUGAUCAACCUCAGCAAACUGGAUCUCCGCAAUAACCGCAUCUCCAUCAUAGAGGAAGGAGCGUUCGAGGGGGCUGCCAACCUUUUUGAACUGCUGCUUACUAACAACAAGCUCACCAAAGUCCGCGGACGAUUUUUCUCGGGACUUAAAAAACUGAGAACUCUGAAUCUGAGAAGCAAUCGGCUGACCUGUAUCGGGAACGAGACCUUCAUUGGACUGAAAUCGCUGCGCCUACUGGCCUUGUAUGACAACGGGAUCAGCACCAUUACAUCCGGAGCGUUUGACUCACUCAAAGAGCUCUCCACUGUGAACCUGAUGGGUAAUCCGCUGAACUGCAACUGCCACUUGUCCUGGCUUCCCGAGUGGUUGAACUCUCGAAACAUCGUCACGGGCAACCCCAUCUGCCAGUCACCGGACAACCUGAGAGACGUUCCGCUGGAAGACCUCGCAAAGACGGACUUCACCUGCGAAGAAAACGAUCUGAAUAGCUGCCUGCCAUCAGUUGCCUGCCCCAGGGAGUGUGCUUGCAGCGGUUCAGUGGUCCGAUGCAGCCGCAAGGAACUCACAAUGCCCCCACGAAACAUCCCACUGACAGCCACUGAAAUAUACUUGGACUCCAACCAGCUUGUGACCAUCCCGGAAGGAAUGACAAACCUGAAGAGCCUCCACACACUAGAUUUGAGUACAAACUUGAUCACAAUGUUACCCGAGAAUGCCUUUGCCAACAUGACUAAGCUCUCAACACUAAUCCUGAGUUACAAUCGCAUUGCCUGCAUUCCACCGGGCACUUUCACUGGAUUGCGGUCGCUACGAAUCCUGUCACUCCAGGGCAAUGACCUCUCCACGCUUCCAAACGGCGUCUUCAGCGAUCUCCACUCUCUGAGCCACAUUGCCCUGGGCAACAACCCGUUGUACUGUGACUGUCACCUGCAGUGGCUGUCGGAAUGGGUCAAGGCAGAUGGCUUCAAGGAGCCCGGCAUCGCUAAGUGUGCCGACCCUUACGACCUACGUGGGAAGCUUAUCCUGACUGCUCCAUCCAAAUCCUUCGUUUGUACAGAGGAACCAGAUAUGAACAUCCAAGCCAAGUGCGACCCCUGCCUGUCGGAACCGUGCGAGAACGCGGGUGUCUGCAGCGUCAGCCUGACGGAGCGCUACACCUGCGACUGCCCUGAUGGGUUCAAAGGUCGCAACUGUGAGGUGCAGCUGGACGCUUGCGAGGAUAUGCCGUGCCUGAACGGUGCCCAGUGCCGGAAUCUCAACGGUGGAUUCAGGUGUGACUGCCUUGCCGGUUUUGAGGGUGACCUGUGCGGUGAGAACAUCGAUGACUGUAAGGACCAUCAGUGUCUGAACGACGCCAUAUGCCAAGACGGCAUCAACAACUACACGUGUUACUGCAGUAUGGGAUACUCGGGGACGUACUGUGAAGUGGACAAGGACCUUUGUGCCCCAGGAACCAACCCAUGCCAGAAUGAAGGAGUUUGCUAUGACCAGGGCCGAAGCUACAGGUGUGACUGCCAGCCAGGCUUCCGUGGCGUGAACUGUACCGAGACUUACCAGGACUGCCGCUCCCAAGCUUGCCAGCACGACGGCCAGUGCAUCCAGGAGCUGGAGCAGUGGGUCUGCAAGUGCCCGCCAGGCUUCUCGGGCAUCAACUGUCAGAACCCUCCCGUGGUCUUUCCGCAGACUAGCCCCUGCGACUUCCUCAACUGCCAGAACAACGCGCUGUGCCAGGAGGUGAACGGGGAGGUCAGCUGCCAGUGCCGGCCGGGCUACGUCGGCGAACGCUGCGAGGUCUCCACCAGCCUGACCUUCUCACAGCAGAACGCCCUGCUCAGCAAAUCGGCACCAGACAUGUCCCAUCAAAUCAACUUCACCAUCGCCUUCGCCACGACGGCGGAGAACGGCAUCCUGCUCUACCAUGGCGGCGCCCAGGGCACAAUGGACCACCUUGCCGUUGAGCUGUUCAGGGGCUACCUCCGGGUCAGCUACGAUGCCGGCAACUUCCCAGCCACCACCAUGUUUGGCCAGCAGAACCUCGCCGACGAGGAGUUCCACACGGUCCAGGUCCUAGUAGCUGGCCGCAACAUCUCCUUCCAGAUUGACGAUGAGGAGAUGCAGAGCGCCACCAAUGAAGGGCCUAGCGAGUACCUCGUGGUGGACGCUCCUCUCUAUAUUGGCGGGGCGCCUUCGAAAAGGAACCAGUACGCUCUCCGGCACUGGCAUCUGCGGAAUGGAUCCAGCUUCCAUGGCUGCAUGCGAGGCUUCUUCAUCAACGGUGUGCCUGUCACGCCCACCGAUGAGGUAGACGUUACGGGCGUGACCUCAGGCUGCCCGGCCUUGGACAUGCCGGACCCCUGCCAGACCAACCCAUGCAAGCAGGGCUUCUGCCGCAAGCUGGACUCCGCCCGGUAUACAUGCGACUGCCAGGACGGCUGGAUGGGACAGAUGUGCGACACAAAAACGACUUGCACUGCGCAGGACAGACUCUUCGUACCGGAGAACGAGAACGGUUCGUGCCGCAGCGCUACCUCCAUCAGGACCAAGGUAUGCAGCGGGGAGUGCGGCAUCUCCUGCUGCCGGCCGCAGCGGGUCCGGACUCGGGACAUCAUCCUCCAGUGCGACGACGGCACGGAGGUCAAACAAGAGGUCAAGAUCGUCCGGAGCUGCGCCUGCCAAGAGUGCGUCGACCAGUCGUCGCCUGAGAUCCUAGACGGGCCUGAAUAGACCCGUCUUCCAACAGGAGAACGUCGGAGAUUUAUAAAUUUGUAUAUAAUUUCUAUACUGAAAAAAAUUUAUUAAUAACUGAAUGCUAUAGCAGAAUAACGUAAGCUAUUUUUGUAGAUAUUAUUUUCUAUGCUGUAGUGAUCGGACUUGAGUCUACUUUUCUUCAAAGGGGUUUGACAUAGAUGUUCCCAGGAGACUGCCAAUACAGCAACCUAUUUUCCAAUUUGGUUUCGUAUGGAACCUGGACUCUCGUAAACAUAAUUUUGCUGUCAUGACGUUUGGGUUAAAGGUUGACAGUCGGUGGGAGUUAAACGUUCCACAGUUUUGUCAGAGUAAACACUGUCGGUUAAGAAGCCAUCACGUGUCAUUUAAUUUGCAUUGGAUUUAGUGCAAAUUGUCGGUGGUCACAGCACGGUCUUCCCUUUAACGUGCUCCCAUUAUUCUCAGACUCAAGAACAAUUAGUGCAGCUAGUGUAUUGUUAGCUGCCUGUUCUGCUUCCCCGCAAUUUACUUGGGUAAACAUGACUGUUACAUUCCAACUCUGAUAAUCAAGUUUUCCCAUCCCCUUUUGUCCCUGAUAAGUGCUGUUCCUAUCGUGAUUUUCAGCAUCCAUUAUAUUUUAGGGUGGUAGAGUUUUUUUGGGUGGACUUUGACGACAGCGUGUUCCGAAGGAACAAAUAAUUUGUAUUUAAAAUACCCGUAAGUGCCAGUAGUUCAUUUUAUCUGUUGUAUGUUAUCACUCUUUCAUUUGUCUACCUUUAAAUGGGCGUUGCGCACAUCAUCAAAAUGAGGGGCCCCUUUUUGGGGAGUAAUUGUUGUAUCUGUUGUUGUAAACUCAUGAGGGCGCUGUAGUAGUCCCAGCAACAAAGCUGUAUGUGCCAGUUUCAUGGAGGGAUUGUACGUUAAGCUGGGCCGGCGGGCAUGUUUGCACUCAGAUUUGGAAACUGUAACCAUAGAGUGUGGACAACUUAUCUCCAUGUGCUACAUUUGUCAGGAUAGAUCCUUGUAAAAAAAAAAAUUCAAGUCUAGAAGGGAAAGGAGAAGAUUUUCUCUUGGACAAAAAGUAGAAGGAAAGUAAUACUUGCGCAGCGGUGGUUGGUUCGAUCUUCCCCCCAGGCAGCCUCGAUAACUGGCAGAUGGUUUUUUUUUUAUUUUGAGUCGACCUAUCUGAGGGUUUGCCCAGAUUGACUCCGUCGGGAUAUCGUCUACGGCUUCGUCUCGGCAUGAAUUGAUCUUGCCCGGUGACAUUUCAUCAUGAAAAUCGAUCAACAGUCUGGAUACAGGGAUUACCGCACCGACAUGGGAGAGAUUUCUGACUUUGGGCCCUCUUGCCUAACCAUGCCAACGACUGGACAAAGUUUCUUACUUUUGUAAGUUUUUUGGGGUUAAGUUUCUGAUCAGUUGGCAGGGGUAAAUCCUGAUGGAGGAAUUCUCUGCAAGUGGCAUGUGUGACAAACUUUGUGUAACACUUGUAGACCCUUUGGUGACUGUGUACAUCCGAAGGUACCCAGCUUGCGUUGUAACACAUCUCACUGUUACAUGGUUUACUUUGGUAACUGAUGUCACUUUUGGUAACGGAUGUCACUUUGGUGACAGAUGUCACUUUGGUGACAGAUGCCACUUUGGUGACAGACUAUCACUUUUGGUGACAGAAAUAAUUUUUGGUGACUUACUUUUGGUAAGUCAGUCAAGUCAAGUCAACACUUUGCAUCUAGGUAUAACUUACGACGAAGACAUGUCUCCUUAAGGGUUCAUUAACAUGUACAUUAACAUCAGAGGUUAUUACACACAACUCAUUGAAGUAUGACACCUCCCAUCAAAUUAUCUUUGUUAUAUUCUUCCCUUCCCUUUGGCUAUGUCUUCUUCCCACCCCUUUCCCCUCCACCGCCUACUCCUCCAUCAUCACAGUCUUCGAGACCCACGCGUGGUCGAGAAGUCAAAGACACUCCCUGACAUACCCCCCUUCCUCUGAAAACCUGGACUAAUGAACGCUCAUCUGCCUAAGCUGGCCGGGGCAAAAUCAUCCCCCUCGUCUCUCCCCAGCAGAGAAAUUAAUCCAUGUUGACAGAGCGAAGCGAAGCAUCAGUAAAGGGUUCCCCCUAGCCUCUGGGAAUUUUAUCUUUUCUUUUCAUUGGCACCAUGCGUGGCUGGCCCCCCUGAAGGGUAUUUUUAAGCCGUGUUGAUUUGUCAUCGUUUCAGACAAACUCGCCCUCGGCCAUGAGAAAAAAAAAACAUCCUUUAAAAAAAAAUCAUUGUUGUGAGCGCUUCGUGUUGAUUAUUAUUGGGCCCGAGAAGUCAGGGGAAAAAAUCCUAAGUAAAAGGCAGCUGUAAAAAAGUUUGAGCAAGGAUUGUAGUAAUGUUUUGAAAUGUGGCUUUCCACGAAUUAAAAAAAGAAGCUGAUUUCCUGGCUAGUCCUCGAAAAAAAAAACACUGAAGGGGAAACCCUCACACAUAACGGCUUGAAUUUCUGUAGCUUUUGCUGGAGAAACAAAAAAAUCAUCACAAAGUGAUUUUCUUUCCCCUAGCGGUCGUGCGGAUAACAUCGUCGGAUCUACUGAACGGCAAUACGGAUAUUGAAAUUUCAUGUUUUUUAUAUUCGUGCAAGGGCAAAAAAAAUAACGUUGUUGGGUGCAAAUGUAAAGCCACUCUGUCGUAUUUAUCUUGGGCGAUUUAGUUUUCAGAUACUUUUCAAAGACGGUAGUUUCUCUGUAACAGUUUAAAACAAUUUGUACAGUAUGUGUUCUUUUAUUGCUGAAAUAAUAGCAUACUUAUUGUGUCUCUGUUGUAUUUUCUUUUGUACAAAUUAAUUCUCGGACAGUUUGCAUAUUAAUUAUUACGCGUACAUAUACGUAGCGGAGACGUGUUUCAUACCAUCUCCAAUAAUAUUCUCAGCAUGACGUUGUCACGCGGUUGUUGGGAGCUCUGCGUUAUGUCAAAAUUAAUGUGUUAUUUUUGUAAGUGUUAAAAUUAAAGCAAUAAGAACCGGCGUGCUGGGAAACAUAAGCCAGCCCGUCAUUGGCCGAUGCGAGAUAGAAGCGACUGUUUCAUUGGCUCUUGUUGUAGGUCACUUGACGUUAUUUUUUCAGUCCUUAGAAAUAUCGCUUCUUUACACUGUAACCCGCAGUGUAUAAAUGACCAUUGAUAAAUGGCCAUAAAUGUAAUUGUUCUAAAAGACAACAAAUGCUGCUGCAUAUUUUUUUUUAAUGUUACAACAACUGAAACGCGUUGUCUUCAUUAUCUGGUAUUCAGACUCCUUUGUACGCGAUCUGGUAUGUUAGACAGGUCUCCAAAACGGAGUCUUGUUUUUUAGUGGCCGGACAGUUGUUGGAUGGAAUAUUUUUCGAAUUAGUUUUCAUGUAAAUAUUAACUGACUUUAUCUACAAACAAUUCUUGUUUAUUUUUCACAAGAAGCACCACUAUGAACAGGGUUGGGUACAUAACAAAGAUGUUUUUUUUAUUGAUAUGACUUGCUUAGUUGUAAUUUUUGUUUUGAAAUUUUGGAACUGGUUAGAGCAACAUUAUAAUUUUCUGAACUUAAAGUGACCCUCAACACUUUGGGUGCCCAUCCUUUUGAUCCAAUAUUGCCAAACCGUGUAGAAUAAAAGAGCGGGUAUGCCCGGGGUUAAGAUUCUCAAGAAUACAAACUGUUUAGUCGAAGAAAAACUCUUUCUACAUUUGGGAGAAAUGUUCAAGGUUCUUUACAGGGAGCUUGAUGUUUAUGAUAUUUUCAGUUUUCUUGCGCUUUCGCCUUUUAAACCGAAGUGCUUAAAUAGCUGUGAAAAAUUGUACCAGCACUGCCAGUUUAUAAAUAUCUACAGUGUUUAAUUGUGUUUAUUCGUUUCUGCGGUCUUUAAACUGGCUCUCUUUAGUUAAAUAAUUACUAGUUAUGUUCGCUGUAAAUUCAAGUCUGCCAUUUUGUAUUUAGCGUAUCUACUGCAGUGGUUGUACACUGAGUAGAGUACCAAACAUAAUGUAUAAUGUUCAUUGUGAAAUCGUUACAGCCUACAAUAUAAUCCUGAUGCAGUAUAUGGGUAUGAUAAAAUGGAUUGUUCGGUAUUUUUGAAGAGUUUCAACUAAAAUGUGUAGCUCGAUACGGAACUUAUUUAUUCUUUGGGUAUCAUUUUCUUUUGUAAUAAUGCCGAUUGUAUAUUACUGAACUUCAUCCUUGUAUCGCUGGCGCUGUGUAUUUAAAAAUUAAAAAAAAACUGCUUUACCCAAAUGUCAUUAUUCCAUUAUGUAAUCGUGGACGAUAUAUACCGGAAGCUAUCAAAGUCGUUCACGUCUGUAUGGCAUGCAUCGGUGUUUUGUGCCCCAUUGCAGCCUUUUAAUGCAAAUCAGCAGUCAGUAUAAAAUAUACAUUGGACUGGUCCAUAAGUAUAUAUAUUGGACCGGUUCAAUAGUAUAUAUAUAUUGGACCGGUCCAAUAGUAUAUAUAUUGGACGGGCCAAUAGUAGUUAUUUGACCGGUUCAAUAUUGGACCGGUUCAAUAGUAUAUAUUGGACCGGUUCAAUAGUAUAUAUGUUGGACCGGUCCAAUAAUAUAUAUUGGACCGGUCCAAUAGUAUAUAUAUUGGACCAGUUGAGUAGUUUGCUUGGGCAGCUGGAAAAGGACGCAGUGACAGUAAAUGCUCAGUGCCGCACGUUUUUAUUGAUGAAAAUUACUUUUAAUUUUUGAUUGUAUUCUAUUAUUAAAUGUAUAUAUAAAUGGUACUGGUCUUGUAUAAAUGCGGAGG